AUGGAUGCAGAAGACCACAACCACAGCAGCGACAGUGACGCUGUGUUGGGGCAAGAAUGGACACACAUGACCAUGCCCCAUAACGCCAUGGUCUGUCCCCAAGUGCAGGUGCAGCCUGGCAGUGCAGCCAACGAUGAAGUGGAGCGGGUGAAGCAGCGACAUGACCUGUGCCACCGGUGCAACCAGCAGAAGCCCCUGUUCCCGUGCCUGGCCUUGCAUGGAGGGAAGAAGAACCAGUGCCAGACCCGCCACUGCAUGCAGUGCCUGCAGGCCCUCGCACAUCAGCUGCACCUGGCCUCCUGGCUUGAGCUGGUGUGGUGCUGCCCAGUCUGCCGCACGUGCUGCUCCUGCACAGACUGCCUGCAGACAGUGCCACUGUUUGGGCCAGGGCCGCAGAUGCACGAACAGGUGAUGCACGCCGGUGCGCGCCGAGCGCUGGCUUUCCUUGGACCGAUUGUCGAGGCGGAGGUGGCCGCCCAAGAUGAACAAGUGCGAUGCAUGACGCGCUAUGAGCAUGCGCGUGUGGAAGACGCGGCACAGCAUGUGGGCAUGGACCCUGAAACCAGGCCCACCUGCAACCUGUGCUGUGCAGCCAUCUACAACCUGCAUCAAGGCUGCAGCAACAAGGUGUACCACUGGCCCUACAGUGAGGAUGCAUGCGGCUACAACCUGUGUGCGGUGUGCAUUGCCAAGAUGCCGGCUGCCUUGCCCCGCUGCCCCAGGGCAAAGUGCCACCCAUCAUGCUGCACCCAGUGCACCUAUGGGCUGGGGUGCACCAUGGUGCUGCAUGGGUGUAUCAUGAUGCGUGUGAGCAGCACCUUGAAACGCAGUGGCGUCACGACGUUGUUGGCCAGCGCCAGCACAUGCUCCAGUAAAAUGCGCUCCAAGUUCCACACUGCAGGAGGAGGCACGGAGACCAGCUACAUGCAGAAUCGUGCAGAGGCCGCCGGCAGGGCCGCGAGGGGCACCAUCGACGCGCUGUACAAGACAGGGGUGCAGCAGACCGGUGUGGUGCUGCUGAUCCUGGGCGCGCUGCUGGUCCUGGUCCUGGUCAUCAUGUACAUCAUGUCCAAGAUCAAGCAGACGCAGCUGCAGAAGGUGGAGCUGCAGAGCGGCACCCUCAUCCAGCUGGACAACGGCACGCAGGUGCCGUACUGUGUGGACACCAGCAAGAUGGCGCUGGUCAAUGCCGGCCAUGAGUUCUCGUACAGCACCUGGCUGUACCUGGGCCCCGUGUACCAGCCCACCGCCAACCACAAGCUCAUCCUGCAGCGCAGCACGCUGGCCGUGACCGCACAGGACAGCAUGGACAACAACAGCAACCCUGUGCUGUUCAUGGACAAGAACACCAACCGGCUGUACGUGGCGCGGGCCACCAACCGCGUCAAGGCUGCAGUGGUGUCGCUGGAUGACAUCCUGCAGAAGGACGCCGCCCGCAAGUACGCCAGCGGCUUCCUGGUCACCUACAUCGACUAUGUGCCGCUGCAGCGCUGGGUCAACAUCACUGUCACGGUGCGUGACAACACCGCCUACGUGUUCCUGGACGGCGACCUGUACUCUGCAGUGUCCGUCACGGACGUGAGCAUGGAUGGUGGUGCCGCACGCCCCAUCAUCCGUGGCACCGCCAGCGACCUGACCAUUGGGCACCGCAUCAUCAACACUGCAGGCUACGUUGCCGGCUCCAGCGCCUGGAACUACACGCUGACCCAGGCUAAGGUGCAGGGGGUGUACAAGAAUGGGCCGUACAAGAAGUCGUACCUGUCCAUGUUUGGCCUGGGCUCGUACGGCCUGGGCUCGCCCAUCUACAGCCUGGACAAGGCGUGA